GUGCACCAAAGUCACGGUGAAGAGGCGAACGGCUUUCCUGUGAGCACGAAUUCACGGACCGAAUGCUACCACUUCAGCUAGUGCUACGUCCGGAGCGGAAUGAAAGCGCCUGGCCCAGUCCCCCACGGAUUCAUGGAAGAAAGAGCCGUUCAAUGCGCACCCGUCGCUCAUCAAAUUCCCGCUGCCGAGCACCACUGCUGUUGUGUUCCACGCAGCAAUCCUACCUAUACCCACCGACACCCAAGACAUUUCGUCGUCGAUCUCGGCAUCUAACGAUUCGCCAAAGCUCCUCCUGGAUGACAAGAGAUCGUCUCAAUUCCUUCAUUCACUACUGCUCGACCGUCGUCAAGACAGUUCUCUCCACAACGACAGUCAUUGCUCAAGGUUUGUACGAAACUGCGUCGACGAUGCUUCUGAAUUGGUGGAGCGGAAAGCAAGAAGACGAAGAUACGUUGGAGGUGGUUGAACGGCAGUCCACUAUGACGCAGGGGGAUUUCAAUGUCAUUUUGGAGGAGAACAACCGCCUCAAGCGUAUGAUAAAGUUCGCUGUGAGCUCGCAUGCAAUAAUGAAUGAAGCCACUAGCAUUCUUGAGGAUGGUGCCGAUCUCUGGGUGAAACGCGCUGAUGUUGUGGAUGCUAAGGUUCUUGAGGCAGAACAGGAGCGUGAUGCUCUAACACUUCAACUUGAAGAGUAUCAAGAGUAGCUCAAGGACAAGGACCAAGAGAUCGAGCGAUUGCAAGACGGAUACGUGUGGGCGACAGAGAACUUGAAUACCAAGGAGGACGAGAUCUGCGAGUUGCAUGAACGACUGGAGCACUACGAAGCACUACUGAAAGCAGCAAAAGUAGUGUAAUGUAUUCACGAAUAUGUAUUAAAUCACAUUUUUCUGGCUUAAGGCUUAAGCUACAGCGUUCAUCUUGCUGACUCAUUCCUCCCAUCCGAGUUGAUUAGCUGCGACGCUGUCGCCGUCGCCGUCAAUUUCUUGACAAUUGUAAAUCGCGUACAAGAGUUUCUCACGCAAUACAUUCUCGCUCGAGUAGGCCGGAAUCUCAAUAGAGAAAAAGCAUGUGUGAGCCACUGGCAUGUAAGCGUCAACACUGCGACCUGCGCGCUCCAUAUUGAACGACUGCAGCUUGAAACGUUGAGGGAAUUCGUCAGCACUAGCAGGAAGCCGUGAGCGGCCCCACACGAAGCGUAAGAACGCACUACGUUCUUCAUGAGAAAAGUCUCGAAGCGCCCGCCAAAACCAAAUGAUGUGGUCGUCUGUAGGCGAGCAGCUUGAGUACUCAGUGCACUUCUCAAGCAGGUUCACGUCCACCUCAGGUGAUCCGCAAACCAUAAGCUCAAGCUCAGCACCCGAAAAGCACGCAAGUAGUUUGGCCGGUACAACCUUGGCGAGUCCGCGGAAAAUUGCCUGGGCUUGAUCGUCGCUUUCGUGAAGCCGAGCCUGCUCAACAAGGUCUGCGUACUCACAACGUGAGCUAAAUGUUACCGGUAAAUGAGCACCUCCAUCUUUGAGCUCGACAACACGAUUGUCUGCUCCCAACGUCGUGAACGUUUCCAUUACGAUAUCCUCAAACAUCUCUUCCGUGACACCAUAGCGGUCAAUGGUUCGCAUUCUUGACAUGGAGUUCACCAGCAUCGAGUCCACCGCUGCCAAGUCAUCCAGUACUAGACGCUCACCCGCAAGUUUCUUCCAUACCAGAGGCGCC